CGGGGAGGAGCCGGAUAUCCGGGAUCGGCUGCUAAGAUGGAGGACACUGAGUACGAGUCGGUUCUCUGCGUCAAGCCGGAGGUGCACGUCUACCGCAUCCCGCCGCGGGCCACCAACCGCGGCUACAGGGCUGCAGACUGGCAGCUGGACCAGCCAUCAUGGAGUGGGCGGCUGCGGAUAACAGCAAAGGGGCAGAUGGCUUACAUCAAACUGGAGGACAGAACUUCAGGAGAGCUCUUCGCACAGGCGCCCGUGGAGCAGUUUCCCAGCAUUGCCGUGGAGAACGUGACAGACUCCAGCAGAUACUUUGUUGUCCGUAUUGAGGAUGGAAGUGGGCGGCGAGCAUUCAUCGGCGUUGGUUUUGCUGACCGCGGGGAUGCCUUUGAUUUCAAUGUAGCGCUGCAGGACCAUUUCAAGUGGGUGAAGCAGCAGUGUGAAUUUGCCAAACAAGCCCAGAAUCCGUCCAUCAGCCCCAAACUAGACCUGAGCUUCAAGGAAGGCCAGACCAUCAAGCUCAACAUCGCGAACAUGAAGAAGAAAGAAGGAGCAGCUGGAAAUACCAAAUCCCGGCCAUCCAGCGGUGCAGGAAUGAGCCUCCUGCCUCCUCCGCCAGGGGGCAAAGUUUCUGCUCAGCCCCCUCCCACUGGGGAGCACUUACCUAUAGGAGUGGCCCAGGCCCAUCCAGCAGUUGCUCCAAGUACAGAUGCCACGUUACCCUGGCCACAGCUCAACCUCACUACUGCUGCAACAGCCGACGUCUGGGGUGACUUUGCCAAAGCCUCAGGGUCCGCGUCAGGCCAGACUCAGCAGAGCUCAAACUGGGUCCAGUUCUAAGCUGAGCCCACCUUUUGCUUUCCUACCAUGACACCUGGGGAAGAAGCAUCUUUACUGUGGACCAAAGGGUGGAGGACCCAGAUCUCCUUGGCCUCUCCAUUUGGAACGUGCCUCCUUUCCCUCUUCCUCCUCCGCCUCCCCCAGGUCCCGCCCCUCUUUCUCUGUGGCAUCGCUUGUCUGACUGGGCAUUGUAGAAGACUUCAGAAUUCCACACUGAAAACAGAGCAAGGGGCAGAGGGCCCACAGGUGGGACCCGAGUCACCAAGGCCAAGUCCUGCUUGCUUCCUCCAGGGCUGCAUGGGGGCUGGCACGCUGGCUUCCUGCCUUCCUUGUGACUCUCCAUUAUCUAAGACAGACCCAAGACACGGCCUAGUUUGCCUCCUUGGCCUAGUUUGCCCCCUUGGCCGAAGCCUCCUAACCACAGUGUUUACAUGUCUAAAGCCAGAGCUCAGUGGGUGUUUCUCUGCCUCCCCACCUCCAUCCAUCGUAGUUACUAAAGUUGGGGCCCUUUGCACUCCAUAGGAAUAGAGGCACCUGUCCAGGUUCCCCAGUAGCCUAAGGGGUGAGAAGGCCCCCUGGCAGGAGAUCAGAGAACACCCAUUUGUAUUAAGCCUUUCUUUUUUAAUAUUUGCUUUGCUGAUCUGCAUCAUUCACACUAACCAUGGGGAACUGCCCCUUCCAGGACCCCAGGAGGGAUCCACCUCCGGUAGCCACAGUGCACACCUGCUCUUUGGACCCCCCUUGCCCAUUCUCCAGUGCGCCAGGGGCAGUCGUCACCUCCCUCCAUGUUGCAAAGUUCCCGGCACCCCAAGGUGUGAUGAUAGCUAUGCCAAGCAGAAGCAGGACGGGUUGGGUGGGCAGGUGAAACUGCUCUCAGCCAAGCCCAGCAUAUGCCCACUCGGGAGGCCUUUUUCCCCUGGGCCUGCUCCAGGGACUUUCUAAGUUCCUUGUUGUCCAAGGAGAACCCACUUCCUUUUCCCUUCUCCUCCGUGCACUGUGAAUGAAAACAAGGAGCCCCUUGGAGGGAACAGAGGCAGGUGUUACCUGGACCACUGUCUUUAAAGUAAUUCUCUAUCUGUGAGCCUCUGAAAUUCCUGUUCACAUCUUGUACUUCUUGUACGUCGUCUCUCAUUCUUGAGGGGAUUGGAUGUCUUGCGUGGCAGUCUUGGCUAAAGGAUCGAAAUCAUGAAGAACUCUCUGUAUAGGAUUAGAGUGAAAGCAUCGGUCUCUCCUCAUUCCCGUUGAGGGUGAGAAUGUUCUUGACCACGCACAUCCUUACUAUGUGGUUGUUAAGUGCCUUCAGCUUAUGCGCUCUGCCUGCCACGCAGACGUCUGCGGCGUUUCUGAAGCAAAACGUGCAAGUGUGUGUUAGCUGGAAACCAGUAUUCAAGUGCCUCAGGCCAUCCAGGCCCUGAUGGAACAAGCAGGGUGAGAAUAAAGGAUACCUGGACAUGCUUCUGACUCA